AGAGUCUUGGAUUAUUAUUUUGCAGUUUUUUUGUGUUAGAAAACUCGAAAUGGCAUCUAGAAGAAUUGUAAAGGAGCUUAAGGAACUGGAAAGAGAUCCACCUAGUUCUUGCAGUGCAGGUCCAAUUGCACAAGAUAUGUUCCAUUGGCAAGCAACAAUUUAUGGUCCAAACGAGAGUCCUUAUGCAGGAGGUGUUUUCCUUGUGAACAUCCAUUUUCCACCUGAUUAUCCCUUUAAGCCUCCUAAGGUGGCCUUUAAGACGAAGGUAUUCCAUCCAAAUAUUAAUAGCAAUGGGAGUAUUUUCCUUGAUAUACUUAAGGAGCAAUGGAGCCUUGCACUCACCAUAUCCAAGGUCAUCAUCCCUGUUUUUUUCUAA